GGGCAAAAUACGCACAGGAAGCAAACGAGGAUCAUAAUCAUAUUCGUCAGCCUCAGCCACCACCAAGGCGCAGCAGAAAAACAAGAACAAAAGGGGCACAAAUUCUCAAUCGGAUUACCAGAUUCCGCUUCGAGGGCUUACCGAUCGGCCGGCGAGAGAAGUAAAAAGUCAUCGAAUCGGCGAGAAAAUGAGCGGACCGAGCAAGAAAGUGGUGGAUGUGGCGUUUAAGGCGUCGAGGAACAUCGACUGGGACGGCAUGGCCAAGCUCCUCGUCUCCGACGAGGCUCGCAAAGAGUUCGCCAGCCUUCAUCGCGCCUUCAAUGAGGUCAACUCUGCUCUCGAGACCAAGUUCAGCCAGGAACCUGAACCUAUUGACUGGGAAUACUAUAGGAAAGGAAUUGGAUCUCGCUUGGUUGAUAUGUACAAGGAGGCUUAUGAUAGCAUUGAAAUCCCCAAGUACGUAGAUACAGUCACUCCUCAGUACAAACCUAAAUUUGAUGCAUUGCUGGUGGAUCUGAAAGAAGCAGAGGAGAAAUCUUUGAAGGAAUCAGAGCGCAUAGAGAAGGAGAUUGCUGAAGUUCAAGAGUUGAAGAAAAAGAUUAGCACCAUGACUGCAGAGGAGUACUUUGAGAAGCAUCCUGAGCUUAAGAAGAAAUUUGAUGAUGAAAUCCGUAACGACUACUGGGGCUAUUAAGAAUAUCUGCGUUUUCUAGCACCAACUUUUCACUUCGGAUCAUGAUGACAUUUUCGGGAAUUUUAUCAUCUUUUCCUGUCUGAUUCAAUAAUAAAAGCAACCAAAUUAUUUUCUUCGAAAUCUGGUGAAACUCAGUUUGAAGAUUGUGUUUUCCUGCACCCCAUCAGAAAUUUGUUUCCAAUAGGAUCACUUUAUGUUCAGAUAAACUUCGAAUUUGAGAAUGUUUCUUGAAGUGUCGGAUCAUAAGGGAAUCCUUUGAAAUAAUUCCGAUGUAUUUUAUAAGCUGUGCCUACCAGAUUUUUAAUAUAGCUUUCGUCAUUUUGAGUGUUUGGUUAGAUCGAGGGAGAGGGGUGGGGGGAGAUAGUGGUUUGAUGGAGAGGGGUGAAGGGAGAAACGUACGGGGAAAGGGCAAAUUCGUUGGUCAGGAGGAAUG